AUGGCGAAAAUUGAUAUUGACGUAAAUCGUGUAUUUUCUCCUUCUACCAGAUUUACAUUGGACGAAUGGCAUCAUAAUAAUCAGUUCAGAUAUCGAUGUUCCGAGACUCAAAGAGAAUUAUCGGAUCGGCUUUUAGCCGAAGCGAUGCUCGCAUGUGACUCUGCCAAGGAAAUCGUAAAAGCUAAUAAGGAGGAGACAGAUCAUAGACUGUUAGAAAAACUCAAUGACAUUGAAUUUCGCAAAGGAGAAUUGCUGAGUAUAAGAAAAGAAAUUGCUCUGGAAAUCGAUGCGUUGUCUGUAUAUAAAGAACGAAUUAUAAAUGUACUGAAGUCUGUAAAAAGAAACGCUCUUGCAAUUUGUGAAAGAUGUCUCAUUGCUAGGAAAUGUAGAUUGAGCAUUGAUUUGGUUUACGAUGAUGUUGAAACAAAUCUAUUAAAAGAGUGUGACGUAAUACAAGGAGCGGAAAAUUUAUUGGAUCAAAUAUUAAAAAAUACUUGCGAACAAAUCCGUAAAUUAAAAGCCACAUUAUAUCACACUGAUCAUGAUCUAAAGAAUAAAGAAGACAAUCUACAUAUCGAUCGUCGCAACGUAACUUUAAAAGAAACUGAUUUCAAUUUGAGAAUUUAUCACGAUACUUCGUCUCUCGACAAGUCGGUAGUAAUGUUAAAUGAAUGGGAACUCCAAACAAACAGCAAUGUUAUUGAUGCAAAUAAAGAAAUAAAUAGUGCAAAGCAAUUGCGAUGUUACAUUGAUACGAUAAUUAAGCAAACGAUUGAUGAAUUAAAUAACCAGAAGAAUGUCACAAAUGAAGCUUUCAGACAACGUAUUGAACAGACUCGAGAAGCCAAAACGAAACUGGAACUUCAGCACUCGGAGAUAAUAAAACAAGUUACCGCGAUGUCAAGCAAUAUCACAAGCAUAAAGAAGUCGAUAGCUGAGAAAGAAGGAUAUAUGGCUCUGGCUCAUACAAGAUUAGGUCAUCGAUGUCAACGUCCAGGAAUUGAACAUGCUCAGGAUUUAGUCGAAGUCAAUCUCGUGAAGGAGAUACACGAGUUACGAAAUGUCGUGGCAAAUUUGCAGCGAAUGCUUUGCGCGGCAGAGACAUCGCUACGUUAUUUGCUCAAAACGCAAAUUCAACUCGAAGAAGAUAUCAAUGUGAAGAUAAAUACUUUGAAAAUUGAUGAGGUUGACUGCAUGACUUUACGUCAAAGUAUAGACUAUCGCGCGUAUUGA